GUUCUGAAAGUUUCUGAUAUUACCCUAAAGUAAAAAGUGUCAUAAAUGUUAGGAACUAUGAUGUUCCACUGAUAAUUGUGCUUUAGAAUUGUAUUUGAAACGUUUUGUGAGAAGAUGACAUCAAUAUUGAGGAAUUGUUGGAGGCUGUCGCAUAGUUUACCGGUUGCUACACCAAAAUGUUAUGCUGUCGCUUUUCCGUCAUUAAUACGAUGCAACACCACGACAGCCAGUGAAAAUACUGAAAAACCCGAGACUCGUCCCACAGUGCGUAAACCCAGUCACAUUGAUGUCGAUCGUUUGAUAAACUUUGGUCGCUAUAUCACUGAUUGCUUGCCAAAAUAUAUACAACAAGUACAAUUGACUGCUGGUGAUGAACUAGAGUUACUCAUUGCUCCUGAAGGCAUUAUUCCUAUAUGUACAUUUUUGAAAGAUCAUCAUAAUACACAGUUUGUUAAUCUGUCAGAUAUUACUGCUCUAGAUGUACCCAGUAGGCAAUAUAGAUUUGAGCUCGUCUACAACCUGUUAUCGUUGCGAUACAAUUCGCGUAUUAGAGUAAAAACAUAUACCGAUGAAUUGACACCUGUUGACUCCAUCAACAGUGUAUUCAAAGCUGCUGAUUGGUACGAGCGAGAAGUAUGGGAUAUGUUUGGCGUAUUCUUCUCGAAUCAUCCUGAUCUUCGUAGGAUUCUUACAGAUUAUGGUUUUGAAGGACAUCCACUUAGGAAAGACUUUCCACUCAGUGGAUAUGUUGAGGUUCGCUACGAUGACGAGCAAAAAAGAGUAGUUAUUGAACCAUUGGAAUUAGCUCAAGAAUUCCGUAAAUUUGAACUAUCUGCCCCAUGGGAACAGUUUCCUAAAUUCAGGGAUGCUCCGCCAGCUGCAGAAACUAUCUUGAAAGAAAAGUAACUGUUUUCACUAGUAGAGAGAGAUCAUUAGUUAUAAUCGGAGGAAACAGACAUAAAGUAUGUAUAUUGAUAAAAUGUAAUUUACAUUGACAAAUAUCCUCUUUUCUCUUGUUAAUGAUUUCUGAAUGUUCAAUUCGGAAAUUUCUUUUGGAAAUACAGAGGAUAAUGUGUACAUCUGUAUAUUUCCUUAUUUUAAAACAUAUUGCAAAGCUAGUUAUCUAUGCUUUUUCCACCAAUUAUCAUUCAAUAAGCCAUUGAUUUUCUUUAUGCCUUGUAUUAUAAUUUGGACUAAUUUUAUUCCUAUUUCUAAAAGAUGAUAUUUUUAUUUAUAAUGUAAACAAAAAAAUAUAUAAUAUAUGCAUAAGUUAUAAUAUGAAUAAAGAGAAAGAAGCUUAAACAAUUAGCUUUAAAUAUAUAA